UAUCUAAUUUCCAUCCAUUUAGACCAAAAUUAUCUUUGUUUCUUUGUUGUUUUUCUUUUGUUUUUUGAAUAAGAAUUAAAAUAGAUGGAAUUUUAUGAUUAGGUUUGAGGAGAAAAUUUGGAAUGUAGAGAGGAUGGGGGGAGGGAAAAUGUUGAGAAUUGCUGAGUUUGAUGGGGUAAUUUCAUGGGUAAGAAAAGCAAGAGGGAAUGGGUUUGAAAUUGGAAAGCAUGAGAAAGAGAGAGAGGAACAGAGGAUGACCGGAAAAUGAGAAAAAAGAUGGGGCGGUUGACGGCGGAGAUAGGGAGAGGGGUGACGGCGACAUUAAUAUCAAAAUGAAGGGUUUCCAUAAUAGUAUACACACGUGGGGGCUCAGGGUCAAUAUUUAAUAUAUGGCCAUUCCAUUCCCACUCAAACUUUUUCUUUUUCUUUUUCUUUUUCUUUACUCAUUCAUUCAUUCAUUCCCCCAUCUCUAGUUUAUAAAUCCAGAGGAGCAACCCAACUCACAGUUUCUCUUAUCUUUUCAUUUGAAUUUUAAAGGAUGAAUUUCCCUUGUGCUUGCAAUGGGAAUGUAAAUGGAAAUGGGUUUUCAGUUACAAUUUUGUGUUUGUUUCGUUGAAUUAGAAAGAGAGUAAUUACGGUGUUGGCGGACGGCGGAGGAAGGGUGGCUAACGGAUCAUCACCGGCGCUGACUUCGCCUUUUUCUCUGCCUUUCUUCUACGUAUCUCUUUAAUUAUCUCUUCAAUGAUAAAUACGCUCCAAGGUUUCUCUCCCAAAUCAAAGCCUCCAUCCAAUUUUUCUGUUUCUUCAACUCCGCCGUAACCGUUGAGAUUUGGAUAUUUGAGCAUAUUCAAAUUCCAAUCACUCUUUGUCGAAGCGCCAAGCCCACCAUUGUAGUGGAAGGCUUGUUUUGUCGUCUUCAAAGGGGGAAAAAUGUUAAAGAUAUACACCCAUCAUUUCUUCUUCCUUGUUUGUUUGCUGUCGUACUCAUUCGUAUUACACAUCAAAUUUCAGUCCAUGGUAUUAUUAUAUUCAUGUUGUUUUCCAUGAAGAUGAAAUGAGAUGCUCCAACUCAUUAACUGACUCCACACAACACAAGCAUUAAGCAUACGCAAUGGACUUUGGCGGUGGCUCCGGUUGGGACAACGAUUCCUCCUCCGACCCUCAACGCAGGAAAAAACGCUACCAUCGUCACAAUGCCAACCAGAUUCAGAGACUCGAGGCAAUGUUCAAAGAGUGCCCACACCCGGAUGAGAAGCAGAGAUUACAGUUAAGCAGAGAGUUGGGAUUGGCUCCUCGCCAAAUCAAAUUUUGGUUCCAGAACCGGAGGACCCAGAUGAAGGCUCAACAUGAAAGGGCAGAUAAUAGUGCACUUCGGGCAGAGAACGACAAGAUUCGAUGUGAGAACAUAGCCAUCAGAGAGGCACUAAAAAAUGUCAUUUGUCCCUCCUGCGGUGGCCCUCCACUUCAGGACCCCUACUUCGACGAGCACAAACUUCGAAUUGAAAACUCCCAUUUGAAAGAAGAGCUUGAGAGAGUAUCUAGCAUUACAGCCAAGUACAUUGGGAGGCCAAUCUCUCAACUUCCACCCAUUCAGCCUUCUCAUUUUUCCUCCUUAGAGCUGUCCAUGGGUAGUUUUCCCUCCCAAGAAGUGGGAUGCCCUUCUCUUGAUCUUGAUUUACUUCCUGCAAGUUCUACAAGUGUUCCCAGUUUGCCAUACCAUCACCCAAUUCACCUCACCUCCGUGGAUAAGUCCCUCAUGACUGAAAUUGCCACAAAUGCGAUGGCAGAGCUGCUUAGGCUUUCCCAAACUAAUGAACCAUUCUGGAUGAAAUCAUCAACUGAUGGUCGCGACCUUCUCGACCUUGAAACCUAUGAACAUGCUUUUCCAAGACCCAACACCCCCUUGAAGAAUCUCCAUUUUCGCACGGAAGCAUCUAGAGAUUCAGGCAUCGUGAUCAUGAGUAGUGCAGCAUUGGUUGACAUUUUUAUGGACUCGAACAAAUGGACAGAGUUAUUUCCCACAAUUGUCUCAAUUGCAAGAACAAUUGAAGUUAUAUCGUCUGGAAUGUUGGGAAGUCAGAAUGGCUCCUUGCAACUGAUGUACCAAGAAUUGCAGCUACUCUCCCCAUUGGUUCCAACUCGUCACUUUUACGUCCUCCGUUAUUGUCAACAAAUUGAGCAUGGUGUGUGGGCCGUGGUUGAUGUUUCCUACAGUAUCCCCAGAGAAAACCAAAUAGUUUCUCAUUCUCAAUGUCACCGCUUUCCCUCUGGUUGCUUGAUCCAGGACAUGCCUAAUGGUUACUCCAAGGUUACUUGGAUUGAGCAUGUGGAAGUGGAAGAUAGAGGCUCGACUCAUUGGCUUUUUAGAGAUCUCAUUCAUAGUGGAUUAGCCUUUGGUGCUGAACGGUGGCUUGCAACUCUUCAGCGGAUGUCUGAGAGGUUUGCCUGUUUAAUGGUGACUGGUAGUUCCAAUCAAGAUCUUGGCGGAGCAAUUCCAUCACCAGAAGGAAAAAGAAGCAUGAUGAAACUAGCACAACGAAUGGUGAACAAUUUCUGUGCUAGUAUCAGCACAUCCCAUGGACACCGUUGGACCACCCUUUCUGGGAUGAAUGAGGUUGGUGUUCGUGUCACGGUGCAUAAAAGCACAGAUUCUGGCCAACCUAAUGGUGUGGUUCUUAGUGCAGCUACAACCAUUUGGCUACCAGUUUCCCCUCAAACCAUCUUUAACUUCUUUAAGAACGACAGAACCAGAUCCCAGUGGGAUGUUCUCUCAGAUGGCAAUCCAGUUCAAGAGGUUGCUCAUAUAUCCAACGGAUCCCAUCCAGGGAAUUGCAUAUCUGUUCUCAGAGCUUUCAAUACAAGUCAGAACAACAUGUUGAUUCUCCAAGAGAGUUGCAUAGACUCAUCAGGGUCACUUGUUGUGUACUGCCCUGUGGAUCUACCGGCCAUGAAUGUUGCAAUGAGUGGGGAGGACCCAUCAAGUAUUCCUUUACUACCCUCAGGAUUUACAAUUUUACCAGAUGGUCGACGGGACCAAGGAGAGGGUGCAUCGAGCAGCUCAGACGUGCAUAACAGGUCAGGGGGCUCGCUGGUGACGGUUGCAUUUCAGAUACUAGUGAGCAACUUGCCUUCUGGGAAGCUGAACUUGGAGUCAGUGACAACAGUUAAUAACCUUAUCAGCACCACUGUCCACCAAAUCAAGACAGCCUUAAAUUGUCAUAGUUCCUGAGGAGAGGAGGAAGGGAAGAGAAGGUUACAUCCAAUUCAACACUAUUUUCACUUUUUUUUUUUUCUCUUUUUCUUUUUUGUUUUGGUUUUUGGAGCUCUACUCCACAACUGUUUGGAUCUCACAUAACAUUAAUACAUUGAUGAGAUGUGGGAGUGUUUGUGGUGGCGAAAUUGAAUCUGAGGGUUAGUUGGUGGCUUUGAAUGUGCUGAACCAUUAUUUACUGCUGCUGCCAAAGCAAAGUUGCUGCCAUCCCACUCCCAUUUUACAGCCAAUAUUGUUGUUGUUAUCAUUAUUAAUUGGUUUUGUUUAGUUUAGUUUUGGGGGUUUGGGGAGGAGCUCUUCAUGUUCAUUAUCUCAGCUCCAGAGUCCACUGAGAGAGUCAAGAACGCACCAUAUGUGUUUCCACACUUUUUUUCUAAGCCAUUCAUUUCACACCAAUGUUGCAAACUUUGUAUGGUUCGGGCAUUGACUCUCAAAUAGAUACUUUACUUUACGCUAUCUUUCCUUCUUUUUCUUCGUUCUGCGUCUUAUUGGUUCUUGUUUUAUGUGACAUAAUUCUAUCCUCCGUCUGUAUUCUGAACAAUAUUGUUUUGCC